CUCGGACAGAAGCUACAUGGGCAUCCAUGACACCAGCCAGUGAUCCCGCACAGCCGGACACCCCGCCCGACGGCCGCGUCCCCGCCCGCUCCCCGUCUUCCAGCCCCCGCUCAUUCGGUGCACCCGACGGUCAUGGACACGGCACUCAGCCAUCUCCAAGACAGGUGCCUCUGCCCACGUCCACAUCGUCUCCAACUCUUUCGCCCCGGUCAGCACUUUCGUACACGCUAUCCUUUCAAAACGCAUCGCCUUCAUCGCUCCAUGCUCUAGAACACGAAAAUUUCCCUCCGAUACUCGAGGGGAACGCAAUCGGUAAUGGUAUCGACGCAGAGGAUGGUGAUCUCUCUGCGCCUUUCGAAUCAAUCCCUCUGUCUUCCACGCCUCCGCGUGAGGUACCCACUGUCCCUCUUCCCUCUUCGCCCCGCGAGAUGCUGUCCCCAAAAUCAGUGAAGAAGCGGAGAUCAUGGGGCGGGUUCGGCAUGUCAAGCGAUGGACACCAAACCGCCCGCGGCGAAUUGCCUGAACACCCACCGCCCCAUUCUUCACAAAGCGCUGAACCUCUUCCAUCCACACAUGACGGACAUAACGGACAAGGGAUCCCCGGGCGAGCGUCGACAGCUACACCUCCGCGACGGGCUGCUCCCCCACCUCAUCCAUUUCCCUGGCCUAUUCCCACCUCUCCACGUCCAAGUUCUUCCAAGCGUCUCUCUACCGUCUCCAACGCCUCCAACGGGACGCACGCGACACAGGCAUCCCAGGGAUCUACCUCUGCCAACCCUUCACACUCCCCAGGACAAACACAUCAGCACACCCCAGCGUUGGGCGCCAAGGGCGUAUCGACCUUUGAAAAAGUAAUCUCCCACACCCGACCUUCCUGGCUCCCGCCUAAAGACCGCAUCGAAGACGUCACCCACCUGCAUCAAUGGGAAGACAUGAUGCGCCACGCCAGGGAACACGAAAAAGUCCUCGCGAAGCAAGCAGAAAUAAGACGCUUGGAGAAGGAGAAGCGGUUAACGGCCGAAGCCCCAAAGUGGGAGAAAUUACUUUCGGAUGAAAAGGAUUUUUCGGCGAAAAAGGUAAAGGAGAAUGAAGAGUUGAGGAAAUUGUGGUUUGAAGGCGUGCCGAGCCAUUUGAGGGGGAAAGCGUGGAGUAUGGCCGUAGGUAAUCCGCUGGCUUUAUCCAAGGAUAUAUACAAAACGUACCUCGCCCGUGCCCGUAAAGGUCUCGCUACCAACCGUUUCCCACCGGAUCUGUUGAAAACGAUUGAAGGCGAUAUGGAUAACACACUCGUCACGCUCAAAGUCUUUACAAGAGGUUCUCCACUCCGAGACGAUCUGAGGGAAUUGAUCUGUGCAUGGCUGGUCUUCAGGUCAGAUGAAGGAUUGGGAUAUGCACCCUACAUAAACCUCCUCUGCGCCAUGCUCCUCCUCGCUUCCCCACCCCCUACCGCCUUCCUCACCCUCCUCAACAUCCUCUCCCGCCCCCUCCUCCGCGCAUUCUUCACCCCGCUCUCCCCCGAAAUCUCCGCCUACUACCGUAUCCUCGAAAACCUCCAGGCGGACCGAUACCCCAAAAUCUACGCCAACUGUAAAGCCCUCGGCGUCGGCGUCCCCGAAAACUGGUUCCGCAGCCUACUAGUCGAGCAAGUCGGGUUUGAGUCUAGUUGCCGGUUAUGGGACCAGAUCAUGUUGGACGGUGAUGGGUUUGUGUUUCGAGCAGCAUUGGCAAUCUUUGGGUACCUAGAGCCGAGGCUGUACUACCCCGAUAAACAAGAAGUGCUCUCCGUGCUGGAGGGACAUAAUCCGGCGUCGUUGGCGAUUCUUCAGAGGGAGAGGGAGCGAGCAAAGUUGAGAGGGGAGACGUUUGUGCAGGAAGGGAUUGAUGGGACGUUGACUGCGUUUGGGCUGGAUGAAGGAAAGUUGUUUGGGAUGAUUGAAAGUGAUGGGUGGAGAGAAAAGGAUUUUGAGAGGUUGGUUAUGAGAGAGAUGCCAGAUUAUUAGAUUCGUAGUUUUGUGAAGAGAAAGGGAAGCCGUCUUGCUUUAUAUUUUGUUCGUUUGCUUUUUGGGUUGUAUAAAAACGUCAAUACCUUGCAUAUCUUGAUUAUCACCCUAGUGGUCAUCUUCAUCUAUAUACCAAAUCGUUCA